AUGGCAGAAUGCACGGAGCUGGAAUGGGCUGUCCAGGUGCUGGUGAACAACUUUGACAAGUAUUCGAGCCGCCGCUGUUGCUGCAAGAAGCCGCGGCGCAUCAGCAAGAAGGAUUUCCGCAAGAUGCUGAGCUGUGAGCUCAACCACAUGCUGACGGACACCGGGAACCGUCGGGCAGCCGACAAGCUCAUCUGCGACCUGGAUGAGAACAAAGACGGGCGCAUCAGCUUCGAGGAGUACUGGACCUUGAUAGGCGGCAUCGCCAGCCCCAUCGCCCAAAUCAUCCGCCAGCAGGAGCAGAGUGUCAAGCAUACCAAGUAG